AAGAGCGAAGGAGGGGGAGAGAAAUGUGAGGGAGAAAUAUAAGUUUAAAAAUAGAGGGAAAGAGUAAAGAAAGCCAUUCUGUAUAAAAAUCUGAAGGAGAUCAGAACCAGGAAAGUGCAUUCAACAAGAAGGGAAGUGAGACUGUGUUGCUUGGAGUUCCUGGUUUGAAACGCAUAUUAGGAGAGGUGAAAGUUCAAGGGUCAGGCGCAGCGGCAGUGUGUGAGAAUGUCGGUGUGGCCACUUCUUCUCAUCCUGGGAAUCACCGCAGCCACUGUUGUUACAGCCCAAGGAUCAUGGAGAAGAAACAACAAAGAGUCAAGCCCUGAUUCGUACCACUCUGAUGACAACUUUGAGUGGACCACAUGGUUCAAUGUUGAUCACCCUGGAGGCCGUGGAGACUAUGAGCAGCUGGAAGCUAUUCGCUUCUACUACCGGGCCCGAGUGUGUGAGACUCCCCGGGCAAUCGAAGCCAGAACCACUGAAUGGGUCCCAGCCCGUGAAACUGGGGAGAAGGUCCAUGCAGACCCUACUGUGGGCUUCUGGUGCCUCAAUGAUGAGCAGGGUCCUGAUCACAACUGCUCCAACUACGCAGUGCGCUUCCUCUGUCCCAAAGAUAACAGUGUGAACAUUCAGGGUACCUGGGGUCCAUGGUCUGACUGGAGCCUAUGUCCUGCCCUCUGUGGUCAGUUGGGGGUCCAGUUGCGCUCCAGAAACUGCCAAACUCGCUCUAUGCCUUGCAGUGGGCCUAAAGUGGAAGGGAAAGCAUGCAAUGGACCAGAAUGCCCGAAAAUAGAUUGCCCCCUGCAGUGCAUGAUGGGGAGGGUAAAUGCUGAGUGUGAUGCAUGCAUGUGUGAAGAACACAUUCUGCUGGGUUCUGUUCGUGGCGCCGGGGGCCUCACUGCUGAAGGGGCUACCAUCCUUCGCUCUGGCAAACUCCUUACCCUUACUGACCACAACGGGCAUUUCCGCAUCCCUGGUAUCUGCCCUGAUGGCAACACCACCCUGACAGUCAGCCUGCAGGGUCAUGCCACCCUCAACGCUAUUGUGCCACACAGUACUGAGCGUACUUCUGUCCUCAGUGUCCAGCUAAAAAGAACAGAGAAGCUUCAUGUGUUGAGCAACCCCGAGAGCAAGUCCAGGAGGGAGGGACAAACUGCUGCCUUCUGCUGCAAAGUGGCAGGAACACCACAACCUGACAAGUACCAAUGGUUUCAUAACAACAGUCUCUUGGAGAAACAGUCUGAGAGCACCUUGGUUCUAAGAGAUCUGCGUCCUGAGCAGAAUGGGGAGUAUCACUGCAGAGCAAGUGGUCCAUCUGGAGCUAUUAAGACAAAACCAGCUACACUCAAAGUCUUAGGUAGAAAUGAGCAUUCGUGUAAUCCGAAGCCUGAAUCCCACCUCAUCCGUCUUCCACAUGACUGCUACCAAAACAGCACUGACUCUUUCUACUAUGAUGUGGGCAAGUGCCCCUCAAGUGCAUGUGCUGGACAGCUGGACAAUGGCAUCAGGUGCAAAGACAAAGUGGCUUACUGCUGUGGUGUGCAAAAGAUGGAGGAGAGGCAGCUAACAUGCCAGGGCUACCAACUGCCCACCAUGGUGGUAACUGACUGUGGUUGCCAGAAAUGUGUGGACACCAAGGCCAUUGUGCAUGGUAGGGCCAUUGCUGCAGACAAUGGUGAGCCAAUGAGGUUUGGCCAUAUCUUUAUGAAUGGAGUCAGAAUCAGUCGCACAGGCUACAAAGGUACAUUCUCCAUCCAGGUUCCUCCAGACACAGAGAGGCUAGUCCUGACCUUUGUGGACAACAUGCAGAAAUUUGUCAACACUACAAAGGUACUCCCAUUUAACACCAAAGGAGGGUCUGUUUACCAUGAGAUCAAACUUCUGAGAAAGAAAGCUCCGGUGACCAUCAGCUCUACAGAAAUCAACACUCUGGAGCUUGGGGAGGUGGAGGGCCAGGAGGCAAUGGUUCAAAUCCAGAUUCCUCCCAAUUCUUUUUACACAGAGAAAGGGGAAGUCUUCAUGGGUAACGUAAAUGCUAGCAUAACAUUUCUCGACCCCAGAGAUGUCUCCACAGCUGCUGCAGCUCAAAGUGAUCUCAACUUUGUAGGAGAUGAAGGAGAUACCCUGCCGCUGAGAACCUAUGGGAUGUUCUCAGUUGACUUUAGAGGUGAGGAAAACAAUGAGCCGCUGAAUGCAGGUGAAGUGAAGGUGUUCCUGGAUUCUGCCCAGGUGAAGAUGUCUGAGCACCUGAAUACCAUGAAGCUGUGGUCACUGAACCCUGAUACUGGCCUGUGGGAGGAGGAAGGAAGCCUGCAGGCAGAGAAGAAAAGAAGAGGGAAAAGGGAGGAGAGAACCUUUCUGAUUGGCAACAUGGAGAUCAGAGAGAGACGUUUAUUUAACCUGGAUGUCCCAGAGAACCGCAGAUGUUAUGUGAAAGUGAGGGCCUUCCGCAGUGAACGCUUCAUGCCCAGUGAGCAGGUCGAAGGAGUUGUGGUGAGUCUUAUAAACAUGGAGCCCACAGCUGGCUACUCCACUAACCCACGUGCCUGGGGCCGUUUUGAUAGUGUCGUCACUGGCCCCAAUGGUGCCUGUCUUCCUGCCUUCUGCGAUGAACAAAAAGCUGAUGCCUACUCUGCCUAUGUCAUGGCCAACCUUGGAGGGGAGGAGCUGGAGGCUGUAGCUUCUGCCCCUAAACUCAAUCCCAACCUCAUUGGAGUGCCUCAGCCUUAUUUGGGUAAACUGAACUACAGGCGGACUGACCACGAGGACCCCAGAGUGAAGAAGACGGCAUUCAGCAUCAAUGUGGCAAAACCAAGUGCCAACACAGCUGAGGAAGGUAACGGACCAGUGUACGCAUUUGACAAGUUGAAAGAAUGCGAGGAGGCCCCAUUCAGUGCGCCACACUUCCGGUUCUCAAGAGUAGAAGGCGACCGCUACGAUUACAACACAGUGCCGUUCAAUGAAGAUGACCCGAUGAGCUGGACACAGGACUACCUGACCUGGUGGCCCAAGCCCCUGGAAUAUCGAGCCUGCUACAUUAAAGUCAAACUCAACAGCCCACAUGAGCUCAAUGUGCGGUCCCGCAACAUGGGCGGCACCCACCCAAAGACAGUAGGCCAGCUGUAUGGCCUCCGAGACACUCGCAGCAUCCGUGACAUGGACCAGGCAACUAUUUCAGCUGUGUGCCUGGAGUUCAAGUGCAGCGGGAUGCUGUAUGAUCAGGAGCGUGUAGAUCGUACCCUGGUGAAAGUGAUUCCACAAGGAAGUUGUAAGAGAGACCAAGUCAACACAAUGCUUCAGGAGUAUCUGGUCAACCACCUGCCCCUGGCAGUCAACAACGACACCAACGAGUUCACCAUGCUAGCACCUCUUGAUCCUCUGGGCCAUAACUACGGAAUUUACACAGUGACAGACCAGGAUCCCCGCACAGCCAAAGAGAUUGCACUUGGACGCUGCUUUGAUGGCACUUCUGAUGGUACAUCUCGUGUCAUGAAGAGCAACGAGGGCAUAGCGCUGACUUUCACCUGUGGAGAUCGUGACGUGUCGAAGACGAGUGUCUUCCAGGCCCUGCAGAAUGCUCAAGGUCAGACAGUGACAAGCGUGGUAAGAGGAGAAGGCAGACAGAAUCGACGCCGGCAGAGGGCCAAUGUGCCUCGGAGCAGUAGGAGACGUAGCACCAGAAAUCCUACAGGAGGACGCACAAAGGCCAGAAGCUAAACACUGAAGGCACAACAAAUCAACAGAUCGGAGUAGUCAGCCGUAUUUGUUUGGUACAAACGUUAUAUUGAUUCUUCCAAAUUAAUUGAAUAUGUAACUAAACAAAGCUAGGCCUAUUUCUUCCAGCUUCUUCCCAAGGCAUAUUUGUAUUGUUUUUCCUCUUACUUUACAUUUUCAACUGUACUGUGGUAAAUAUUUACUUGAAACUGUAAAUAGAGUAUUUAUUACACAUCUCUUAAAAAUCAGUAACUUGUGAGCUGGAUGCUGUGUAAUUAAAGUUUCUUUCAUUGAUGUUGUAAACAAGAACAGAAACACAACUUGUACUGUUGACCAGUGAUUUAUUAAAUUAGAUGCUUAUAAAACACUGCA